CAGAGGAGAGCGGCGGCACCUGCUGCGGGACAUGUUGUGUUUGUUGGUAUAAAUUAAAAACUGCUGCUCCACCUGCACUGAUAUGACCAAUGCGCACCCAGUUUUUGGGUGUGACAAACCUCUUGCGCGUGUGUAUGGCAGGUUUGGGCAUUUAUCCAGGCUGAGUGGAGGCGUGGAUGACUUGACUCAUGAUCAUUGAUCACCAUCACUCCUGCUGAUGUGUUUUGGACGUUUUCUUCCUGGUUGGUCUGUCCAGGGCUGAUGUUCUGGGGACACAAACUGCGGAUGUGCCAGUGAUUUAUUUGUUGAUGUGGUGAGCGGCUGAAGUUGAAGUCUUGCUCCUGAAGGUGUGAGCUCCAAAUGCAUUCGCUCCUGGGCCGGGAGAAGAAAGAAGAAGAAGCCGGGUUCGGGAUCGAUCUGGGUCUGUCUCCGGGCUUUCUGCCCCACGCUGCCACCAUGUUCAGCUGUGUGGGCUGUUUCUGGGUGCUCCUCUCCUCCGCUCUGGUCGCCGUGUGCAGUUUCAGCUUCAUAUCCCCUGCCUGGAUUGUUAAGGACCAGCUGAGGAACAACAACCACCACCUCCACCACCACAACAACAAGGACUCUGUGAGCUUCGGCUUGCUAUGGCACUGCUCAGAGUCUCUGGAUCACAUGUACCGAUGCUACACCUUCGGGGGACUGGGCAAAUUCGCAGAGAUCCCCUCCAGCUCCUGGCAGACCAGUGCGGUGCUGUGUUCAGGAGGCUGCGCCCUGCUGGCCGUCAGCUCCCUGUUGGCCAUCAUCACCAUGUUCCUGCCCAGCGGAGGAUGUGAGCGGAGGAUCUGCACCCUGGCCGGAUACAUGCAGAUGGCUUCAGUGUUCAUCAUGGGGGCCGGUCUGCUGGUGUACCCGUUCGGCCUGAACUCCUCUCUGGUGCGGUCCUUCUGCGGGGACUCUGACAUCUACUACGCCGGGGAGUGUGGGAUCGGCUGGGGCUACAUGCUGGCUAUCGUGGGAGUCAUGCUCACCGUCUUCUUGCCCUUUUUUGCCAAAUACGCGCCGAAGGAGCACCUGUCCCCCACCCCGCUGCCCACGCUGUUAUAGUGCAUUGUCUGGUUUGAAUUCCCUCUCUCUAACCCGGGCUGGAUGUCACGGGGAGACACCUGCGUCCCGUUUUUGGAGGCGAUUCUGUUCGAACACUGUCUUCCUGCAUCUGCUCUGUGACAUUUACAUGGAAUGUUUUACAUUACAAUAUUACUGUGUGGGUCAUCACUUUCAUCAGGACCUCACAGGAUUUGAGAAAAAGACUACAAACAUGACAGGACUUGCUAAAAUUGUGUUUUUUUCCCUUGGUUUCCUUUGUGAUGUCAACAUGUGUAACAUUCCAAAACAGACUGGAGGCUGGCCGCUUAAAGAGAGUGGACGCAUGAGAUGUUGUGGCAGUGUGACUCGAAUGUGUCAAUAAGAGGUUUUAAAGAAUUUUGGACUAAUAAUAUUAAUGGAGUUGCAUCCAGUGACGAUGUAUUGUGCUCAAGCGUUUGGACUGUAAAUAUUGUCUGGAUUUAAGACAACUGAUGGAAGAAAAGAGAAAUCUGACGGCCCGUCCACACGGCGGCGUGCGUUGAAGCUUCAACGCUUCUGCCCAUUCACUUUGAAUGGGGUGACGUCACGUUUCGCCGAACUGCAUUGUGGGAGCGAAGCGUAGCUUCAGAAGCGUUGCUCGCUGCAAAAGUUGAGCAAUGUUCAACUUUUAAA